CUGUGGCGUGGCAGCAGCAGGAGCGGCAGCAGCAUCUCUGAUACCCUUUUGCACUGCCCCGUGCCCAUCACUGACCCUCUCAGCUCAUCGUCGUCUCUGGCCAUGGACUCCGUGUCCGUCUACCACGGAAAUAUCAGCCGUGAGACUGGGGAGAAGUUGCUGCUUGCCACUGGCCUGGAUGGCAGCUACUUACUGCGGGACAGUGAGAGUGUACCUGGUGUCUACUGCCUCUGCGUGCUUGUGGAGAGAUCUUUUCAGAGCUAUGGGGUGGCAUUUGUGUUUGAAUUUUUUCAGUAAUGGAAAUGUAUUCUUUCCAGGUAUCAAGGUUACAUUUAUACCUACCGAGUGUCCCAGUCAGAAACCGGUUCUUGGAGUGCCGAGACAGCACCUGGGGUACAAAAAAGAUUAUUCCGGAAAAUAAAAAAUCUCAUUUCAGCAUUUCAGAAGCCAGAUCAAGGUAUUGUAAUACCUUUACAGCAUCCAGUAGAAAAGAAACUUCUACAAAUGAACAAGGUAUUAAUUCUUCACCAAGUGGCCACACUGGUGAUGAGCCUUUCCAUAUUGUUAUUGGAAAGUAGAACUAGUAUGUUGUCAGGAGCCUUUCCAGGACAGAAGAACCUGCCAGAAGUUCUUUGGCUGCUGUUGUCUGCUUUGGAGAAUCCAGCCAUUUUGGCAUCCCAGCCCAAGAGUUGGAGUAGGACUUGGACAUGUGCUAAAGAAUUCAAGUUAACAGAAAGGUUGGGACUUAAACUGUUGGUGAUGGUGUGUGAAUAA